AACCUGCAGUCUUGCCCCAUUAUAAGUGGAAAGCGAAGGCACUGUUGUGUGGAGAUAUGAAGUUAGGAAUGGAGCUAACGGACAGCGGACAGGCAGCGAAGGCGGCGAGGAUGAGAGCAGCGAUCGCGCUCGUCGCUCUGCUCGCGGCGCUAGCGCUCGGGGACUGCGAGGAAGUGGAGCGCGGCGCGACGGAGCAGGAAGUCUGCCCUCAGUCCUGUCUGUCCUCCGAGCUCUGCAGCCUGCAAGCCCGCGUGCAACGUCUGGAGAAUGACCUGAAAGCCCUCCCAAAGGUGGCAUUCUCUGUGAGCCUCCGAGAGUCUGGUACCGGAAACUUAGGACCUUUCGAAAUUGACACUGUGAUCAAGUUCAAGAAGAUUUUUGCCAACAUUGGCAAUUGCUAUAAUCCCUCUACAGGCAUCUUCACAGCUAUGGUGAGGGGAGUCUACUAUUUCCGCUUCACUUCUUAUAACAACCUUGAGUUGACUCCCACUUGCAAUGUGGUCUUAAUGAAGAACGGAGAGAGAACCGUCUCCAUAUGGGACAAAUCGGGGCAGGACAGCAACGAUAGCGCCAGCAAUGCUGUGGUUCUCCAGCUUGAAGUGGGAGACAAUGUGUUUGUCCGACUCUUGAGAAGUAACAUGAUUUUUGAUGACAUGGGAUACUACAACUCCUUCAGCGGCUUCCUGCUUUUUCCAGUCUAACUUUCUUUGAGAGAAUUCAAAUUAAAAGGCAAAUAAUGAAUAUACAAAGUCAAAAUGUCAGUGUUCCUACUGCUUAAUCCAACUUCUUGAAUGCAGAUGAUGGGUUAAAUAAAGAAGUGCUUGUA